UACCCUACCUGUGUGAUGAGCAUCACAGUUUCCCUUUCUCUUUCCUUUGUUCAGUUGUUUGGGUGGAUAGGUGAGAAGUUCAGGCACCAGGCUGUAGUUGUUGGAGUCAUGGCGAUGAUGGCGAUACAGGGAGUUGCCAACCUGCAGGCCCAGUGGGGGAUCAUUGGAGAGUUCAGCAACUUGCCACAGGAGGAGCUGCUGGACUGGAUCCAGGAAAACACCCGCCCAGACUCUGUGUUCGCCGGAGCCAUGCCUACCAUGGCCAGCAUAAAGCUUUCUGCUGGGCGGCCUAUUGUCAACCACCCCCACUACGAAGACGCCGGUCUCAGGGAGAGAACCAAGCUGGUUUAUUCCAUGUAUAGCCGCAUGACUGGAGAAACUGUUCAACGAAACCUAAAGAAACUGGGGGUGGACUUCUUCGUCCUGGAGGAUUCCUGGUGCACCAGACGGACCAGACCCGGCUGCAGCAUGCCAGAGAUCUGGGAUGUAGAGAACCCUGAGAACGUUGGAAAAACUCCCUUCUGCACCCACAUGUCCAGGAACUCGCGGCCCUACUUCAACACAGUAUUUUCCAAUGACAUCUAUAAAGUUCUCAAAGUCCCCAAAGAUGUGAGAUAACAGUGCUGGACUGAUGAGACCAACUUUUUCUGGUUGCACACUUCUGUUUCUUUUCUUUCUUCCCUCAACUUAAACUGCAGUGUCUAUGCUUGUAUGACACAAAAAAAAAAUUAUACGCCAUAACUCAGUGGCUGCCCUCACUGCCCAAUACGUAUGAUGCCGUAUUUUUUUUCUUUGUCUUUCUGAUCCAAACUCAUCACUGUGUUCAUGUCAGGGUCCAUGUGAAAGCCAAAAGGUGUCACCGUGUCUCAUCCAAGACGUAACCUUGGCUCCGGUGUGAUUCUUCCUUGUUUUAAAGGAUGCGUCCGUAUUAUUUCUCCUGUUUUCAUUUCAAGUGUCGUUUCAGUCGUAAGCGUUCUGUCAGUGAUGUCCACAUACUGUGAAGCAAUACUCUUUGCAAAGUUGACAAAAAAAGAACAUUUCCUCUGUUGUUAUGCACAGCAAAACUGUUUUUCUGUAGUACAGUAUUUUUAUAAUUUAUUUGUGUGCGCAGUUUUAUGCAACUUUAAGAUUUUAGGAUGUCUCUAUGUUCCGAGGCUGUUUUCUAUUACAUGUCAUACAGUGUUACUGAAGGAUCCCACCAAUUUUAAACCUUGUUACUUUUGUUGUAAUCUGGAAAGAUUCCCUUUUCUUUUUUUUAGGGAUGAAUGUAUAUACUUCUCCAAACUGCCCUGGUGAAACUUUUUUUAUACUUGUUUUGUAAAAAUACUGAUGUUUAGCUUUUAAAAUUGUUCUAAUUGUGUUUGUUGCCAAAGGAAGUCUUGUUAUUAAAACUACGUAUUCAGGGUACUCCACCUCAUGACAGAUGUGUG